CAGAAGCUGACCCUUCGCCAAGAUGCCUUUGGUAAAGCGGAACAUUGAGCCGCGCCAUUUGUGCCGCGGAGCCCUUCCAGAUGGAGUGACCAGCGAGCUAGAAUGCGUCACCAACAGCACCUUGGCUGCCAUCAUUAAGCAACUGGGAAGCCUCAGCCGGCAUGCUGAAGACAUCUUUGGAGAACUCUUCAACGAAGCCAAUGGUUUCUACUUACGGAUGAAUUCCCUCCAGGAGCGAGUGGACCUUCUGGUCAUCAAGGUCACUCAGCUGGACUCCACGGUGGAGGAAGUCUCGUUGCAGGACAUCAACAUGCGGAAGGCAUUCAAAAGCUCAACCAUCCAGAACCAGCAAGUGGUGUCCCGCAACUCGAUCCCUAACCCUGUGAUGGAGAUGUACCAGCGCUGCGACAAACCUCCGCCUCUCAACAUCCUCACUCCAUAUCGGGAUGAUAAGAAAGACGGUUUGAAAUUCUACACUGAUCCUUCAUAUUUCUUCAACUUGUGGAAAGAGAAGAUGUUGCAAGCCACGGAAGACAAGAGGAAAGAGAAACGCAGGCAGAAGGAGCAGCGCUUGGUGGAGGACUCCACUCGGGAAGUGAAGAAAGUGCGGAAGGCACGCAACCGCCGCCUGGAGUGGAACAUGAUGGCCUAUGAUAAGGAGUUCCGUCCCGAUAACAGGUUCUCCCCAUCCCCAUAUCACAUGGCCUCAUCGGAAGGAUCACUGUCCCCCGACAAUAGAUCGUAUGCCUCCGAUGCCGCUGACCACUCUUACCCGGCCAGCCCUAACCACCCUGCCCAGCAGAUACUAGCCCCGGGCUCCCACCUGGCAGCGGACAGCAAGGAGGUCCUUCUGGUGGCUCACCAAGCCCAGGAGCAUGUCUACCGAGCCCCCACAGCCGGCAGCCGCCAGAACAGCCUCAGCCGAGCCCAGCAGCCUCAUGUGCCGCAGCCAGCAGAGACUAUGCUCAAUGGACCGCGGCCUCAGAUAGUCAAGGAUUACGGGUACGGAUUCCUGCCUCCUUUCUUUCCUCCAUGAAGGGUUGUGCCGUUGGGCUCGUAUGUGGUCCAGAGGACACAGUUGGCUCACCCCUGGUCUCAUCCUGCAGAUACGGAAUUCUGUAUCCCUGAA